AUGGGCGAAAGCUUGACCAUUAGACUGUUUGUAUGUACACAAACCUACGACAUUCCAUGUGACCCUCGACAGUCUAUCAAGUGGCUCUUAAUGCAGGCGAAGACGAUCCAGCGCUCUAAUCAGAAACAUUUAUUGCCAGAAGAUGAGCUUGAGGUGCUAUUUAAUCGCACAACUCGUCAGACACCUAACAAUUCACACAACAAUGCCAUGUUGCCAUGGUUUCGAUCGUAUCCAGGCAGUUUACAGCUCUCAUCGGACAAGAUUGACUCGUCCAAUGGUCUCUUUUUCCAGCAGUUACACGCCUAUACAUUGAUUGGAAAACGCACGCCUGUGUCGGCUGUUCAACUCAAGCAAAAACAUGAUCAGGACGCAUUCCUGGCACUAGUGCAUACGUACGUUACGGGAAAUUACGAUCAGGACAAUAGAUCACGACCACAGGCACCGAAUACAAUAGGAAAUGGAAGAAAAUUAAAGGGUAAUGAAGGCUGCUCAACAGCUUCUUCAGGAAUGCACGCCGCAUCGUCACGAGAGAACUACUACGCUGGAACAAGACGAUCACCGGUGCUGCCAUCGUCUGCGUAUCCUCCAAAACAUGAUCCGAGUGGCUUUUCAGAUUCAGGAUCUGACAGCAGUGUGGAAGACUUGUCGUCGUACCCGGCUCGGUCUUUACAAACAAACGAACACGGUGUACCUCAAAGUGUUCUCACGCCUUCGAGUCCUGUCCACGUGCCAACAGUUUCGUCUCCGUCAAUCCCUCGUCCCGACAACACAUUAGAUGGUCUGGAGAAUGUAUUCGAUAUUGUAUUCAAGCAACAGGCUAUUGGGAUGAAGCUCGGUGCGGACGAGACCAAACAGUACGCAAUUGUGAAGGAGUGCUUUGAUGGGUCCGAAGCAAAGCGGUAUCCCGAGAUUCAGAGCGGUGUGGUUAUUUUGGCGGUAAAUGGGCAAGAGGUGAGUGGCCUUGGCUUGUCACGCGUGCUGUAUCGAUUACGAGAAGCUCCACGUCCUGUGGUCGUUCGCUUUGGUCGUAUGUCGACUCGUCAGCUACAAGAGCGACGCAAAGCUCGUGGUCCGUGGUAA